UCUCUCUCUCUCUCUCUCUCUGUGUGAUGGGAUGCAUUGCGGUUUUCUUGGGCAUAUUUGUUCUCUUUCUUCUCCAAUUCCCAUUCUCGGUGGAUGCCAAGAAACACCACUUUGUUCUUGUUCAUGGAGCUGGCCAUGGUGCGUGGUGCUGGUACAAAAUCGCGAAUGAGUUGGAACAAUCCGGUCACCGAGUGGAUACAUUGGAUCUGGUCAGUGCUGGAACGAGCAGUGUCGAUGCUACCACUGUUGGUAGUGUGGAGAAUUAUUCGGCUCCUUUGAUCCAGAUGCUUGACUCUCUGAAUGACACAGUGAUCUUGGUCGGACAUAGCUUAGGAGGAAUCACGCUUACAUACGCCUUGGAGAAAAUUCCUGGCCGAAUCUCCAAAGCUGUUUAUCUCGCUGCUUUUAUGUUUUCCCACAAUGCAACUCGGGCUCGGGAAAUCUUCAACCAGCCGGGAACUCCGGGCAACUUGAAAAUGAUCUUUUCAAAUGGCUCCAUGGUACCUACGGCUGCUGCAUUUAAUCUAGACCGCGCCCAACAAGUGUUAUAUAACAAAUCUCCUUCACAGGAUGUUGUUUUGGCGAAAUCACUGCUUAAGCCAUUCCCGCUGUUCGAUGCUGCCGUGAACUUCACCUCUGCCAACUAUGGACGUGUUCCUCGUUACUUCAUCAAAACUCUUCAGGAUCGAACGAUUUUACGGGCGCGUCAAGAGCAAAUGAUUCAUGAAAACCCUCCAUUCCAAGUCUUAACGCUUGACAGUGAUCACUCGCCAUUCUUCUCCACCCCACAUUCUUUGGUGAGGUUGUUAUUGUCUCUGGCUUAAUAACAAGAUCCCUUGUGGCACCAAAAUAAGCAAUUUAUUUGAAGAAUGGCUCAUGGAA